AUGAAAGAACCAGGACUACUGCUAGCGCUUAGCGCCACUACUGCAAACCCCCAGUAUUCUGGCGACAUUGUACACUACUGGUAUAGCUCGAUCCAACUUGUAACCGGCCUCCCAUUCCCGCCCUCUGGAUGGUUUGAAGCCAUCGUUCAAGCGGCUGUAUACGUUAGUGCUCCGGAAAGCAAGAACGAGCUCCUUGCGUCUCAGCAGCUGGCCGUAUCACAUGCCGCCCACGAUAGCUUGACUGGGGUCUUCCAUAGUACACGCAACUUUGGUAACAUCUUCAAGUCGGCUCAGGACAUUGUGAGCCUUAUUGGCAUCGACGAGAUAGACGACAAGUGUUGGCGCGCAGCAGCCAUCGGGCGCAGGGCAGCCAUCAAAGUCACAGCCGUCAGACAAGACGAUCGACUAAACAAUCUUGUCAACUAUGUCUUCAAAUCGGGCACUUCAAGCGUAUAUCAGCGAACUCCUGGCUCAACCUUCGUCGCUCCAGAUACAGCACAAGCUCGUUAUCUCCGCACUUUUGGUGGACUCGGUGAUGUGACGCGCUUCCGAGCCUCGGCCCCCCCUCAGUCAAUUCUACAGGCUACGAGGAGAUUCUCAACUACGUCAAGACUCAGGGCGAACGACUACACGCCCACAUAUGCCUGCUUUGGCGGCGCUGCUGCUGCGGUAAUCCAAGCAUGGAACAACGGGAGUGAUGUGAUCAAUAUCUUGCAGAGUACCAAUGGAACGCAGAUCGGCGUCAUAACAGGACGGUACACAAGCAUUUGGCAAGCCACCAAGGGUAAUGGAGAUAGUCGGGUGUAUGGUGGCUUUAUGUUUCUACCGCGAUAG